AUGCGUAAACUGAGAGAAGCGGCGGAGAAGAGGAAGAUUCAGAAUCGGAUGGCGCAGAGGAGGUAUCGGGAGAAUUUGAAGAGGAAGUUGGAGGGUUGUGUUGAAACCGCGACAAGUGAGGGAGAAACUGAUGGUGGGUUUAGAGAGUUGGUGGAGAGAAGUGAGGUGGAGGCAAGAGAUUUAAGGUUUGAAGAAGUGAUGUUGGGAUUCGAUGAUCCUUUAGAUGGGUUUGGAGAUGAGAGAUUUUGUUUUGAUCUUACAAACGAACUCAAUUGCUCGCCGUUAUCCUCACCUUCGAUUACUUCUCCGCCUCCCUCCUACGACUCCCCAGACAACUUACCUUACCUUACCAAACCCAACACCACACCCCAAAUCCCUCUCCUCCACCUCGCCGUCACAUCCUCAAAUCCAAACAUCAUAUCCAUACUCCUCGACCACGGCAUAUCGACAACCACGAUCGACAGCACCGGCAAAACAGCUUUACAUCUUGCUGCCUCCUUAGGAAAAACAGAGAUAGUAACUUUGAUGAUAGACAAAGGAGUGGAUAUGGAGGUACGGGAUGGGGAGGGGAGGACUGCGUUGAUGAUCGCUGUUGAAGGCGGGUGGGAGGAGUGUGUGAGGGUUCUGGUUGAGGGGGGAGCUGGGCUGGGUGGGUAG